GCGUCAUGACGUCAUUACCCCGGCCGAGGCGACGAUUCGUGUUAAUGGUGGAGAACUGAAGAUAUUGCUACUUCUCAUAGCUUGUGAUUGAAUUUUCGUGGUUAAGGCGUCAUUCAGACUGUUUUCAGGUUGGCGAGGUCCGCGUAAGAAUGCAGCGAACAGCGUGGCCGUCGUGGCUAUUUUUCUUAGCGCAGCUGGCGCUGUCGUUGGGUUUCAGUGACUUGGAGCCUGGGCCCGGCGGUGUCGCGGCGCAGAGCAGCGGGGAUCGCUUCAAGAUUGAGGGCCGAGCGAUCGUGCAUGGGGUGAAGCUCCAGGACUGGAUUUCCACCGCUCGGGUUCUCGUCGAGGGGGAGGAACACGUAGGGUUUCUGAGGACCGACGGGAGUUUUGCUGUGAAUGAUAUUCCCUCGGGCUCAUAUGUAGUGGAAAUAGCGUCGCCAACAUACAGAUUUGAGCCUGUACGGGUGGACAUUACAUCAAAAGGGAAAAUGAGGGCUCGUUUGGUGAAUUACAUAAAGACUUCAGAGGUAGUGAGGCAGCCAUACCCACUCCAGAUGAAGUCCACCGGGCCCCACUCCUUCUUCGUGAAGCGAGAAACCUGGGGCUGGACUGAUUUUCUUAUGAAUCCAAUGGUUAUGAUGAUGGUCCUUCCCCUGCUCAUCAUAGUGCUGCUGCCUAAGGUUGUCAAUACCAAUGACCCUGAGAUGAGAAGGGAGAUGGAGCAGUCAAUGAACAUGCUGAACCCCAACCAUGAGCUGCCAGACGUCUCUGAGUUCAUGACCAAGCUGUUCUCCAAGGGCUCUGGCAAGUCUGGGAGUGGCAGUAAAGGAGGCAAAAGCGGUGCGGUGAAAAGGAGGUAGUGCCACGUUUCUGCCCAGGAACAGUAAUGCACUGUGGCACUGUUACCAUGGAAACAGGGGGGGUUUCAAUGGAAAUAGCGAUUUCUGCUCCGUUUGUCUUUUUUUGUAUUAGAAUAUCAGGAUUUCAGGACCUGCAGAUUUUUUUGGGGGGAGAGAAUCGUGAGGCGUGAAAAAUGGCAGAUGUUUCUGAACAAGUUUUGAGGAGAUAUGCUCUAAGCUUCAGUGCAUUCUAUGUCAUGAAAGAACCUGAUCUUCGUUUUUUUAGUUUUAAUUUAUGUAUGCCUUGCGAUACCAUCACAUUUGUCUUUUGGCUAGGUUACCGGUCAGAUAUCCCUUUGCGAUGCAUGCCCAUCACUUCUGGUUUAACCACUUAAAACCUGUUGCACUGCUGAAUGUAAGUUAAUGUUGUUGCUUUGUGUAUUUCAGUAGGCAUCCAUUGCCACACUGUGUUUGUAUAUUUUGUGUUAGUUCUGACCAUGAUCCAAUUUCUGCCACAUUUACUUAAACGAGACAUUAUAUAUUAGAGAUGUUCACUAUUAGGGUGUCGGUUGCUUGAAAUGGGACUGAUAUCCUUAAACUAAAUGAAUGCUUAUGAAAUUUUAACUUCAAUAAAGUUCUUUAAAUGCUAACAAUA